AGGUUGACUUGGCACCUUGAAGAGUGGAGGCUUGGCCCCCAGGAUGAGGCGGCCCUCGAAAUCGAUGCCACCCACGGGGGAAUGAUUCUGCGGUGCCAUCCCCUUCAUAAACGCAGAUUCCUUCCUAAAGCCGCAGCUGCAGAAGGAACAGCGCGAGGAGGGAGGGGCAGACACUGGCCUCAGAUACCUGACCUGGUACCCUCUAUGAGGCCUGCGGUGCUGGGCUCCCCAGACCGAGCACCCCCAGAAGAUGAGGGGCCUGUCAUGGUGAAGCUAGAGGACUCUGAGGAGGAGGGUGAGGCUGCCUUAUGGGACCCAGGCCCUGAAGCUGCACGCCUGCGUUUCCGGUGCUUCCGCUAUGAGGAGGCCACAGGGCCCCAAGAGGCCCUGGCCCAGCUCCGAGAGCUGUGUCGCCAGUGGCUGCGUCCAGAGGUACGCUCCAAGGAGCAGAUGCUGGAGCUGUUGGUGCUGGAGCAGUUCCUGGGCGCACUGCCCCCUGAGAUCCAGGCCCGUGUGCAGGGGCAGCGGCCAGGCAGCCCCGAGGAGGCUGCUGCCCUAGUAGAUGGGCUGCGCCGGGAGCCGGGCGGACCCCGGAGAUGGGUCACAGUCCAGGUGCAGGGCCAGGAGGUCCUAUCAGAGAAGAUGGAGCCCUCCAGUUUCCAGCCCGUACCUGAAACUGAGCCUCCAACUCCAGAGCCUGGGCCCAAGACACCUCCUAGGACUAUGCAGGAAUCACCACUGGGCCUGCAGGUGAAAGAGGAGCCAGAGGUUACAGAGGACUCAGAUUUCCUGGAGUCUGGGCCUCUAGCUGCCACCCAGGAGUCUGUACCCACCCUCCUGCCUGAGGAGGCCCAGAGAUGUGGGACCGUGCUGGACCAGGCCUUUCCCCACAGCAAGCCUGGGCCUGAGGGUCCCUCAUGGAGGGAGCACCCCAGGGCCCUGUGGCAUGAGGAAGCUGGGGGCAUCUUCUCCCCAGGGUUUGCGCUGCAGCUAGACAGCAUCUCCGCAGGUCCAGGUAGUGUAAGCCCUCACCUCCACGUCCCCUGGGACCUCGGCAUGGCUGGCCUUUCUGGCCAGAUCCAAUCACCCUCCCGCGAAGGUGGCUUUGCGCAUGCGCUUCUGCUCCCCAGCGAUCUGAGGAGUGAACAGGACCCCACGGACGAGGAUCCCUGCCGGGGUGUGGGCCCUGCUCUGGUCACCACCCGCUGGCGCUCCCCCAGGGGCCGGAGCCGGGGCCGCCCCAGCACUGGGGGCGGGGUGGUUAGGGGCGGCCGUUGCGAUGUAUGUGGCAAGGUGUUCAGCCAACGCAGCAACCUGCUGAGGCACCAGAAGAUCCACACGGGUGAGCGACCAUUCGUGUGCAGCGAGUGCGGCCGCAGCUUCAGCCGCAGCUCGCACCUGCUGCGCCACCAGCUUACGCACACCGAGGAGCGGCCGUUCGUGUGCGGCGACUGUGGCCAGGGCUUCGUGCGCAGCGCGCGCCUGGAAGAGCAUCGGAGAGUGCACACGGGCGAACAGCCUUUCCGUUGCGCUGAGUGCGGCCAGAGCUUCCGGCAGCGCUCCAAUCUGCUGCAACACCAGCGCAUCCACGGCGAUCCCCCGGGCCCUGGCGCUACGCCCCCGGCCCCUCCUGGUGCGCCCGAGCCUCCCGGCCCCUUUCCGUGCAGCGAGUGCCGCGAGAGCUUCGCGCGGCGCGCCGUGCUACUGGAGCACCAGGCGGUACACACGGGCGACAAGUCCUUUGGCUGCGUCGAGUGCGGCGAGCGCUUCGGCCGCCGCUCAGUGCUGCUGCAGCACCGGCGCGUGCACAGUGGCGAGCGGCCCUUCGCCUGUGCCGAGUGCGGCCAGAGCUUCCGGCAGCGCUCCAACCUGACGCAGCACCGGCGCAUCCACACCGGGGAGCGGCCCUUCGCCUGCGCCGAGUGUGGCAAGGCCUUCCGCCAGCGGCCUACGCUCACGCAGCAUCUCCGCGUACACACGGGCGAGAAACCCUUUGCCUGCCCCGAGUGUGGCCAGCGCUUCAGCCAGCGCCUCAAGCUCACGCGUCAUCAGAGGACACACACCGGCGAAAAGCCCUACCACUGCGGUGAGUGCGGCCUGGGCUUCACGCAGGUCUCGCGGCUCACCGAGCACCAGCGCAUCCACACGGGCGAACGGCCCUUCGCCUGCCCCGAGUGCGGCCAGAGCUUUCGGCAGCACGCCAACCUCACCCAGCACCGGCGCAUCCACACGGGCGAACGGCCCUACGCAUGCCCUGAGUGUGGCAAGGCCUUCCGCCAGCGGCCCACGCUCACGCAGCAUCUGCGCACCCACCGACGAGAGAAGCCCUUCGCCUGCCAGGACUGUGGCCGCCGCUUCCACCAGAGCACCAAGCUCAUUCAGCACCAGCGCGUCCACAGCGCCGAGUAGCUCCAGCCGGGACGCACUGUGUCCGCCAUGGUCAGAACACCUACCUCCCCUGGUUAUUGUGAGGCUGGCGAUUACAUAAGUAUAAGCAGGUCCGCCCAGGGCUUGGCUACUGUAGGUGUCCAAUAAACAGUAGAUGGAAA